GUAUGUCUAAAUGAUGGUAGGCGACGAGAAAAAGAAACGGGGUUCCUGUAAUCUCGCGUAGUUGGCGAAAUGUGUACUGAACGGAAGCCGCCAUAGGUCAAUUUCAGUCGGCGUGCUCAUUUGAACAAGAAGAACCGCUACGAAGCACGGGAGAAGAGCGGCCUAGUACUGAUAAUUCAACUUUCAAGUCAAUAUUGAUGGAGUGGCAGCCAGAUGAGCAGGGACUUCAGCAGGUCCUCCAACUGCUCAAAGACUCGCAGUCUCCCAACACAGUCACACAGCGAGCUGUUCAACAAAAACUUGAACAACUCAACCAGUUCCCUGACUUCAACAACUAUCUCAUCUUUGUCCUUACGCGACUCAAAACUGAAGACGAGCCGACUCGCUCCCUCAGCGGUCUGAUACUGAAGAACAAUGUUAAGGCCCACUACCAGAACUUUCCCCCAACUGUUGCUGACUUUAUCAAGCAAGAAUGUCUCAACAACAUCGGCGACCCCUCGCCGCUCAUACGUGCCACCAUCGGCAUUCUGAUCACUACAAUCGCCUCAAAGGGAGAGCUACAAACAUGGCCGGAGCUGCUGCCCCAGCUCUGCAACUUGCUCAACUCGGAGGACUACAACACCUGCGAGGGCUCGUUUGGAGCACUGCAGAAGAUCUGCGAGGACUCGUCGGAGCUGCUGGACAGCGACGCUCUGAACAGACCCCUCAACAUUAUGAUCCCCAAAUUCCUUCAGUUCUUCAAGCACUGCAGUCCCAAGAUAAGGUCCCAUGCCAUAGCCUGUGUGAACCAGUUCAUCAUUGGCAGAGCCCAGGCUCUGAUGGACAACAUUGACACCUUUAUAGAGAGCCUGUUUGCGCUGGCAGCAGAUGAGGACUCGGAGGUUCGAAAGAACGUGUGUCGAGCCCUGGUUAUGUUACUGGAGGUCCGCAUUGACCGCCUCAUCCCCCACAUGCACAGUAUCAUCCAAUACAUGCUGCAGAGAACCCAGGACCCCGAUGAAAAUGUGGCUCUGGAGGCCUGCGAGUUUUGGCUGACUUUAGCAGAGCAACCCAUUUGUAAGGAGAUGCUGUCUGGACACCUGGUGCAACUGACGCCUAUCUUGGUAAACGGUAUGAAGUAUUCAGAGAUAGACAUCAUACUAUUAAAGGGUGAUGUUGAGGAGGACGAGGCUGUUCCAGAUAGUGAUCAGGACAUCAAGCCUCGUUUCCACAAGUCGCGAACUGUCACAUUGCAGCACGAAGGAGGGGAGGGUGAGGAGGGUGAGGACAUUGAGGAUGACGAUGACGAUGAUGACGACACACUAUCUGACUGGAACCUGCGAAAGUGUUCAGCUGCGGCACUGGACGUGCUGGCCAAUGUAUUCCGCGAUGAACUGCUUCCCCACCUCCUGCCGCUCCUGAAAGGCCUGCUCUUCCACCCUGACUGGGUAAUAAAGGAGUCUGGCAUUCUCGUCCUGGGGGCAAUAGCUGAGGGCUGCAUGCAGGGCAUGGUGCCCUACCUUCCAGAGCUGAUCCCCCACCUCAUCCAGUGUCUGUGUGACAAAAAGGCCCUGGUGCGCUCCAUUGCCUGCUGGACCCUGAGUCGCUAUGCACAUUGGGUGGUCUCCCAGCCUCCCGACUCCUACCUCAAACCCCUUAUGACAGAGCUUCUUAAGCGCAUCUUGGAUGGCAAUAAGAGAGUGCAGGAGGCUGCCUGCAGUGCAUUCGCCACUCUUGAGGAGGAGGCGUGCACAGAGCUUGUCCCCUACCUGAGCUUUAUCCUGGACACGCUGGUGUUUGCCUUCGGAAAGUACCAGCAUAAGAAUCUCCUGAUUCUCUAUGAUGCUAUAGGAACUCUGGCAGACUCAGUGGGUCACCACCUCAAUCAGCCUGAGUACAUUCAGAAGUUGAUGCCCCCCCUUAUUGCCAAGUGGAAUGAGCUGAAGGACGAAGACAAAGACCUGUUUCCACUUUUAGAGUGUCUGUCGUCAGUAGCUACUGCCUUGCAGAGUGGGUUCCUGCCUUACUGUGAGCCUGUCUAUCAGCGCUGUGUCACACUAGUACAGAAGACGCUAGCUCAGGCUAUGAUGUACAACCAGCAUCCAGACCAGUAUGAGGCUCCUGACAAGGAUUUUAUGAUUGUGGCCUUGGACCUGCUGAGCGGCCUGGCUGAGGGUCUGGGAGGUCAUGUGGAACAGCUAGUGGCCCGCUCUAACAUCAUGACACUGCUUUUCCAGUGCAUGCAGGAUACGAUGCCUGAGGUGAGACAAAGCUCCUUCGCUCUGCUGGGUGAUCUAACCAAGGCAUGCUUCCUCCAUGUUAAACCCUGCAUUGCUGAGUUUAUGCCAAUCCUGGGGCUCAACCUGAACCCAGAGUUUAUCUCUGUGUGUAACAAUGCUACCUGGGCCAUUGGUGAGAUCUCCAUGCAAAUGGGCACAAGUGUCAAGGAGCAAACAAGGAAUUGUCCUGGUGCAGAGAUGCAGCCCUAUGUAGGCAUGGUUCUGCCACACCUGGUCGAGAUCAUCAAUAGACCAAACACACCCAAGACGCUACUGGAAAACACAGCCAUUACGAUUGGCAGACUAGGUUACGUCUGUCCCCAGGAAGUGGCACCACAGCUGCAGCAGUUCAUUAGACCAUGGUGCACAUCGCUGAGGAACAUCCGAGAUAAUGAGGAGAAGGACUCUGCCUUCCGGGGAAUCUGUGUGAUGAUUGGCGUCAACCCUGCAGGAGUGGUUCAGGACUUCAUUUUCUUCUGUGAUGCUGUAGCCUCCUGGGUCAACCCCAAGGAUGACCUGAGGGACAUGUUUUAUAAGAUCUUGCAUGGCUUCAAGGACCAGGUUGGGGAAGAGAACUGGCAGCAAUUCUCGGAGCAGUUUCCUCCUCUGUUGAAGGAGCGUCUGUCAGCCUGCUAUGGCGUCUAACCCUACCAUCCCCUGGUCCACACAGGACACCAACCUGUUAGGUUAAUGUAGGGGAGGGUUACUGGGGAACUCAUUGCACUGCCCAGAUUGUGGGAAGAAACGAGCGCUGGAGGGAUGAGACUGGCCUUGAUCCUCCACUCAGCGGAUGGCCCCUGUCCCCCCGCGCCCUGUGUGUCUCUGUGAGGGAGGGUGGGAGGAGGGUGGUGGGUGUGGGAGGGUAAACUGGGGAUAUACAUAUACCUCUCGGAUUAAACGCCUCACUAAAUCCAACACACUCAAAAGUGUCUUUCGCCAACAGCACCGCAGGGAACCCUAGGUAGGCGAGGACAAAAUUAGGGGCUGGCUUUGACCUCCCUGCAUUGAUUUAAUUAUUCUGUUAAGAUAGGAGACAUCUGGGAGGGGGAGGGGGGUGUCAGAUAGGUACAUAUAAAGGAAUUAUCUGAACCAGCAUAGGAUGCCACAGUCCCAAAUACCACAAUGCACGUAGUCCAUAGAAUGACUUGCACAUGUUGAUGUGUUUAAACAGGCUCGUGCCAGAGGCUAAACAAAAAAAGAGACGCUUUUACUAUGUAACUGCAGGAAAUGUGCACAAGUUUUUUUGCACCUUUUACGGCGAAAUUGCAAAAAACAUUUUGUGUGCAUAUACAUGGGUCUUAUUCUCUUUUCACAUGUACACUUAGCUGAAUUUAAUUUCCUUCCUCUUCCCGUGGUUGCUGAAGUCCUCUCGAUUCAUAGAUUUCUUUUUUUUUCCCCCCUCACUGGAGGCCAAAAAAAAAAAAAGAUGCAGUCGGUCUGUCCUCUAAGGUUUUACCACCGCAGUACCAAGUUAUUGCAUGGCAUAUGAUCACCUCUUAAGUGACGCAUGUUUGAGUGAAUGUCUGUCGUGUUGCUCACUUGAUUUAUUACGCGAAUUGUCAGCAUGGGGAGGCUGCCAUAGUUUGAAGCAGUCAGUGCUCGGUUCUUUUGUCCUCCCAUUCAUACAUAUUGUGUAAUCAGUGUCCCUAUAGUUUAAUAGAGGCUGUGUGUGUGAAGACCAACUUUAGGUAGAUUAAUACAGAAAUCGACUCAUGUCAGAUUGGAGAAUCACUCACUGCAACAAGAGUUCAAAUACUGUAGGCAAGUUGAGAAUCCUCUUUGCUGCUGCUGCUUCGUUUGAGAGUAUGUGCAAAAUGGACUUGAUGAGAGCGAUAAGACAUCAACAAGAAUGAAUUGGUUCUUACUGAUAUAAAUGCACUUUUUUCUUUUGUAAGAAAUUUAGAAUUUCAAAUGUAAGACACAGUAAUAAUAUACUGAUCUUGAGAUAUAGUUUUUUUGAUAAGUGAUUUUAGGACUGUUAAUGGCUUGCUAAAGUAAGCAUAUUGAUGAUAAUGUUAAGCAAUGGUAAAAUGACUAGGGUAAGACUUGAGGCCUCUUAACAUAGUUUUAUAAAGUAGCUCCUAAAAUGGAUUGAAUAGGAUUUAAGAGGAGGGAGACAUCUGAAUUACAGUAUUUUGGAUCCAUGUCCCAGUGCACCUGUCAAUCCAUAUCUGUUAUCGUUUUCAUCAAUGCUUUUUUUUUUUUUUUUUUUGUUAAAUGAUGGCUGCUUGAGCCAUCAAGGCUUCUCCUUGUCAUAAACAUUGCAUGCUUUUCAAUAAGUCUUGCUCCUUUCUUUUAUAGUUGUUUUAUAUUGGGUCCGUUUUGGAGGGAUCUACCUUAAGAGCUUUGUCAAAGGCAAUGCAAUUCACUGCUGGAUUAAUAAGGUACUUCUCCAGCUUAUGAUCAAACUAGUGAUUGCUGUUGCCAUAUAUUCACCCGUUGAUACUGUGUAGGAUAUGCCUGGGAAUACACUGACUCCCAGUCCUAUUGUUCUCCCUUGACACUGGUUAUCUUACGUGAGAGAGUGGUGGUCUUUAUCCAGCUUUAUCUGUUAGUCAUUGUCCAUAGUGGACGGUUGUAAUUGAAGUGUGUACGGCUGUUUGCCUGUUGGUGUUUUACUAUUAAGGUGUGUACGCGAGUACUGCUUAGAUGUAACUUUGCACCAGCCCUUCGAUAAAGUAAUGUCCAGGCCAUUGCUUGAGUCGUGCCUGAGUUGAUGUGGCCACUGAAAGUAUCAACAUUUGCCUGAGAAAUCUCCUGAACGUUUUCCUGAAUAUCAGCUCACAUCAAUAGAUGAUGUCUUUUAUAGAGUAAGAUUUGAUGUGUGCUUUUUCCUCAACCAGUGUCACAUGGAAUUUUCUUUUUUUGUAGCACAAGUUUUGCUGAUGUGUGCAAGCAUUUAGAUAUGAAGUGGCCACUCAUUGAUUGCAGGAUUGACUAGUUCAGCCUGCAUUACAACAUUCAGAAGAAUGCAGCUCCUGAACCACAAAAAAAUUGUUAAAGUUUCACCACGUCUCGCUAUGUUGUGAUUCACUGAGCUAUAUACAGAAGUAAAUUUAAAUGCAGGUUGUCCACAGGUAUUUUUUUUUAAUUUUUUUUUUUAUUUUAUGCUCAUGUGAAAGUUUUGUUUUAUUUAUUUUGUUUUUAUUUUAUUUUGUUUUUUUAUUUUUUAUUUUUUUGUGCGUCAGUGCACAAAUUGUUUUGGACUUUAAAAGUUUUUUUUGUUUUGUUUUCCUUUUUAUUCUUUUUAUUUAAAGAAUUAUUUGUUUUCGUUGUUUUAUAGCGGACCAUUUGAUUAUGUCAAAUUUGAUAUUGUGGUUGGACUGAAGGAGAGUCAGUGCUUGGUGCAUACCUUUUGGGAAGAAUGUGGAAAACUAAUUCAUAACUUUGUUUCAAUCUGAUAUCAAGGCUGGCAAUUGAAUUUGAUGUAGUACCUUUUUUUUGCUCAACUGUGGUGCAGGUGGGAUGUUAUCAGAUGUAUCCCUUUUUAUUUAAUUUUUGUGAAUAGGGGAAAAUAAAUUUUUUUUUUUUCUAUUAAA